AGCUAUAUGAGAUAUUUACAUGUCCAUUUAAUACAUCCCUUCUACUCCUCAAAAUGUCUUACCCACGAACAUCUCAAUACGUGAUAUCACGAUAUAGACUGCUGCUGGCCCUAUUCACCCUCAUACCAGUGGCCAUCUGCCUUAUACCUAUGUAUGUAGCACCACGAGGAGCCUGGUAUAUACCUCAUAUGAUUUUGGGGCCUAUCUGGGCGGCAGUUGCGGCGGACUUCAACUACAAGUCGUGUAGAGACUUCACUAGGAAGGCCGUGGCUGGGAUAUGGAUUGGAGCUACUACAGGAGUCCUUGUCCAUUACCUCGUAUCCCUCAUGAGUGGUACUGUUGAUAAACCUGAUGAGUAUCCAAGGUUAUGGGCAGUAUUCCUGCAAUUGCCAUUCACAUUUAUUUUCUGUUUGGCACGUUCGACAUCAGGAUGCAAGUUGGAUGAUGUAUUCUAUGGUCAGCACGCCCUGAUUGUAUCCUCUAUACCCACUGAGUUCUUUACUAUCAGUGCCUAUGGUGAGGCUGUUGUCUAUGCUGUAUCUGGUACUGUAGGCAUAUUAGUCACCUUCACACUCAUAGCAGUGAUGAACCUACUACACUGGUUACCAAAACCAGGCCUCCCACCUCAUGAAAUGUUCAGCUAUAGAGCUGCAGAUUUCUAUGAUGUCCUAGCAACCCAUGCUAACUCUGGUAGGAAGGAACAUAGGAUUGUUGAAUCUACCUGCGAGGACUUCUUGGAAGCUUGUAUGGGUAUAACUGGAGGUGCGUGUCCCAAGGAGCUCUAUGGUCCUGCCUGGCAGAUGGCAGGCUUCCUUCUAGCCCUUCGACAGGUCGGUUUACGUGGCUGCUAUUCUGACUUCAUUAUGGAGCACUAUUGGGAUCCACUAACAAGUGAGGUACUCAGACUACGUUCAGAUGUGGGGGUGGUACUACGUAAUGUUUUUGACCCUCGUGCGGAGCAAGUAGUUGUGGAUACCAACCUCUCUGCGAGGGCUUCACGUGUGGAGUCUAAGCUAUUGCGGGUGGAUAAUAAAGCCGAACAAGGAUAUAUGAAGGGAGACUUCGUACCACCGAAGAGCUCCGAGUUCAUGAGAUUCCAGUUCAUGAUAGGCUCUAUCAUGUUCUUUGCUAAAAGGGCAGAGGAGUUCAAAGAAGCAGUCCUGAAAGUCCGACACGGCAAGCUCAACAGGAGUGGGGAGGUCCGUGGUAUCCGUAAGAUUUUCGCGGAUUUUAUUAACUUCUGGAAGGUAUGGUGGAAGAAACCUUUCUUCAAUAGGACGGCUGAAGAGCGAAGCAUUCAACCGCAACUGAUGUUCGGUAUUCGCUUUACUGCCGCUAUCGUUGUUGCAUCGAUUGUCUUAAUCAUUGAAUCAGCACGAGAUGAGAGAUGGAGUAAAGAAUGGAGGAAACCGAAUCCAGGGAUGCUGCAGGCUGCCAUGCAAUGGGCCGGUGCUUCUCGGCUGGGUACCUUGAUGGUUGGGGACAUGCAAUCCGAUAAGGACGCUGCCGAAGGUGCUGGUGUAAUCUUCCGCUGGGCUCCUGAGUUCUUCAUAAAGGGUAUCGAGCUCCCGCAAAUUGCUGAUGUGGGAACUAUAGUCGAUGAGAAGUUCUCAUCGGCAAGCCUCUGAAAAUGCCUUUGU